UUACCUGACGUUUAGUUUGUUUUAGGUUAAACAAUAGGUUAUGUUUACGUUUUUCCAUCUAGUAAACAGUUGAAAAAUGUUGUUUUCGCGAUUAAAACACUGUCGAUGUCUAAUUAGAGACUACUGUUCUUCAAUUACAGCCAAUAAAAGCGAAACAUCAUUAUCCAGACGUGAAUUGCAGUACCCAUUUAAAUACCAAGUUGCCAGACAAGCAUGGGUGGAAAACAUGGAUACAAUAGACGAAAAGAAGUUAGGUUUGUUAGAUCUUCAUCCUGAUGUGUUUGCCACAAAUCCUCGUAUAGAUAUUUUACAUGACAAUGUUAGGUGGCAAACAUUAUACAGAUAUGUAAGUUUUGCUCAUACAAAAACAAGAAAUGAGGUCAGAGGUGGUGGAAGAAAGCCUUGGCCCCAAAAGGGCACUGGUAGGGCUAGACAUGGUUCAAUUAGAAGUCCAUUGUUUAGGGGAGGCGGUAUUGCCCAUGGGCCACGUUCACCAACCCCCCAUUUUUACAUGUUACCUUUUUACACAAGAGUUCUUGGACUUACAUCAGCCCUUUCAAUAAAACUGGCCCAAGACGACUUACAUAUAGUUGAAAAUUUAGAAUUGCCAACAAAUGAGCCAGAAUUUAUUAAAGAAUUAGUGAAAACCCGAAAUUGGGGGCCCUCUGUUCUUUUUAUUGAUGAAAGUGACAUUAUGCCGAGAAAUAUUACUGCUGCCACUGACGAAAUAAGACACAUUAAUUUGAUGCCUGCCUAUGGGCUUAAUGUAUAUUCAAUGUUAAAACAUGAUAGUCUUAUACUUACAAGAGCUGCACUUGAUGUUAUCGAAUCCAAACUGCUUUUCCAUCUGCACAGGAACAACACACAGGAAGUGGUAUCUCAAUAUAAACUUGAUCAAGUGUAGAAUUAAUCGUUUUAUUAGAAUAAAAUAAAUAUCUAAUUACAAAAUCA